CAAGUCAUAAAAACCGGCUGGAAAAAUAAAUUUGAAUUAAUUCACAAGGAUACUACCAAAGGCGUUCGGAGUACCUCAGUACUGUCAGCAAAACCUGGUAACGUUUUCAAUGUGUUUCGGUCAAUGAACAAGGGCCCCAGAUAUGACUUUAGCGCCGAGAGAUCUAGUUCAAAAUCACGAAAAUCCUCUAUGGGACCACCAUCCGGACCGCCUCCGGUUAAGCGCAAAACAUUGAAUAACUCAAGCUCUAGACAAGACUCCUCGUGGAGCGGCGCCAGACCUAGAGUAUUGGCGAACGAUUCAGACAUUGUGGAUGGGUUCAGCACGCCAAAGAACAGGCCAACAGCUUUACGAUAUAUUAGCAGCAGUAGUCGAGGUGGCCACAGCAAUUCCCGAUCCCUACGGUCUACUAGCACUUCGGUCAUAGAAGCAAGCGUUAUUUUAGCCAUAUCAGAAGGUCGUGGCAUGGCGCGGGGCGAGAUAGGCAUGGCGGCAGUAGAUCUGCGUCACCCACACCUCGUGUUAUGCCAGUUCAGUGACACCCUGCUCUACACGCACACUCUCACCAAGAUCAACCUGUUCCAUCCAGUUGAGAUUAUAGUCCCCCACACAUUCUGCGAGGGCGUUCAACCCAAUCAGCUAUACAAGCUGAUCAAAGAGCAGUUCCCUCAAGUCACACUGACUGCGGUACAGAGGAGACACUUCAACGACACAGCUGGUCGACAGAACAUACAGAGUUUGUGUAUACCGCAAUACAGCGCGGUGUACCAUCAGGUUAUACACAAGUUCUACGCCCUAACAGCAGCAGCGGCGGUAUUGAAAUACGUAGAAUAUAUUCAGUGCGUUGUGUUCGCUCGGGAAUCAUUGAAAAUAGAAUACCACUCUUCCGAGAAUACUAUGACUAUCGAUGUAGGAACAGCAACCCAAUUAGAACUAGUGCAGCCACUGAUAGCGUCAGCGGGUCAUACCUGCUGUCUUCUAGGGGUGUUAGGCCCAACAUACACCAUAGGUGGCAUAAGGGCGCUCCGUGCAGCGAUACUGCAGCCAUCCUGCAAGAAAGACCUCAUAGAAGCUCGACUAGAUGCGGUGCAGGAGCUGAUUGAAAAUGAUACGGGAUUGAUUGUUGAUUUGCAGGAUGUGCUUCGAAAACUAAUGGAUAUAGACAAAAUUCUCCUCCUCUGUAUCGAGACUCCACAUCAGAACGCCGAUAAGUACGGCGAAGCGCAGUUACAUCAGACUCUUCUGUUGAAGACCACUAUGGAGUUGGUACCUAAACUCCUAGAUGCUCUAAAGGCUGUUGAAAGUGGGAAGCUGAGGAAAAUUAAAAUGGACCUAGAAAACCCCCACUACAAAGAAAUAGUAGACAGAAUUCGUAACGUCAUACAAGAAGACGCACAUCCAGAAAAAGGCACCAUGGGCAGUCUUCAACGCUGCUUCGCUAUAAAGCCCGAAAUAAACGGUCUUCUAGACGUUGCUAGAAGAACGUAUUCCGAGCUGAUAGAUGAUAUACAAAAGAUUGUGGAACAACUGAGUGAGACUUACGAUCUACCACUCCGACUGAACCAGAAUGCUAUGAAAGGUUUCCAUAUUAUAUUGCCGGUUGCACCUAAAAUGCGACGCCAUUUUAAUGUUGAAGAUUUACCUCCUAUAUUUAUCCAGGUAGUUUUCACUGGAGCGAGUGUGACAAUGACGACGGAAGAUCUAGUAGUGCUAGAUCACCAAACAAAGGAGUCUCUCAACGAAAUACAAAAAUUGAGUAACAUAAUCAUCGAAGCGCUCCUGAAAGAACUACGGCCUUUUAUGCCGAGCCUUUACAAGCUGUGCGAAGAUGUUGCCGAGUUGGACAUUCUGUUAGCGUUGGCGCAAGCCAGUUCAGCCGGCUCAUACAUCCGUCCGGAGUUCGGCGACUACAUGGAGGUGCGGAACAGUGUGCACCCGUUGCUGGACUACAAUAGCCAGGUUCUGCCUGUGCCUAACGAUAUUUUUGCCAGCCCAGAAUAUAACUUUACAAUAAUAACUGGACCUAACAUGGGCGGAAAAAGUAUUUAUAUCAAGCAAGUUGCAAUACAACAGAUAAUGGCUCAACUCGGCUGUUUCGUCCCGGCUACGAACGCGGUGUUUCGUCUCUGCGACAGAAUAUUCUCGAGGAUCGGUUUCAAUGAUAGCGUCGAGUUUAACGCCUCUACUUAUGUAAUAGAGAUGAAAGAAAUGCAGCACAUACUAAAAGGUCUUACGUCGUCCAGUCUUGUUAUAAUAGACGAACUGUGUAGAGGCACAAGCAUAGAAGAAGGCACGAGUAUCGCAUGGGCGAUCUGCGAGGAGCUGAUACUCAGCAAUGCCUUCACUUUCUUCACCACGCACUUCCUCUAUCUCACUAGACUGCAGGAUCUGUAUUGCAAUGUAGUCAAUCGCCACACUUCAGUGAGAGAAGAAGAGGUAAUAACUAGCGAUGGAGUCGAUAAGAAAUUAAUAUACGAACAUAAGUUGGAAGCAGGAGUCACUACAGUCAAGAACUACGGACUAUCUCUAGCUGCUAAAACUAACUUACCCAAACACACUGUAGAUUUAGCUAAGGAAUUGGCUGAGCUUAUUGAAGCUAAUAAAACGCCUUCAGAAAUCCGUACACCAAUACAACACUUCAAUGAAGUCCUAUACAAGCUAAACGCUGAUAUACAAAAAGAAUAUAGACUAAAUCACUAUAGUGAUGAAACAAUAAAACAUUUAUUGAACAAUUUCAAGAUUCAGAACCCUCAAAUAAUAGAAAGUAUACAAAUGCAGAAUAGCAUAAUGGAAAGUAAAACAACGUUCGAAAAAACUGAAGAUUCUGCCAAAGAUUCUGCCAAACCAGAAGUCUCAACUGAAAGUGAUAAAACUCCAAUUAUUCCAGAAGACAAUGUGAUUGCAAUAUUAUCACCAGAACUUAAUAACGAAGAUAAUAAUAAUCAAAACUAUACCUCUGUAAAAUCAUCUACAGAUUUACUCCGUGCUUAUGUAAACCCUCCAAAUGAUAAUAUGAAUGAAUCUUAUAACGAAUAUAUGCAAAACAAUAAAACAAUCAAAGAAACGAAUCUAAAUAAUGAUACCGAUGAAAUUCUAGAAAGUUCUAAUUCUAAGGACAUAAAAGAACAAUAUCUAAAAUAUUUAACUGAAGAUUUAAACACAAGUACAAUACAUAAUAAUAGUAGAAUUCUAUCAACACAAAAGAGCUCUAGUAAUAUUUUUGAAAAAUCAAGCCAUGACGUGAAUUUAAAAGAAAUACCAGAAAUUAAUAAUAACAAUAGAAAUGUUAUAGAGGAAUUAGAUGAUUUCGACAAGAAUAGUAUUAGUGAUACUGAAAGUGAUAUUGCUGAUGCAUUGACUCAAAUCAUUGAAGACACGAUUGAUCAGAGUGAUGAAGAAUUGAUGGAAGAGACUAUAAAGGAAAUCAAUAGUGAAUUACAGCAGGAUACCAACGUAGACUUUGACCUGCUGACUCCACCGUUAGGUUUUAGGGAUUAA